AUGGAGGAAGAAUUGGCCAAGAUAUACAACAGCAAGAAAGCUGCCAAGAUUUCCAAGGGAAUUGCCUUUCCUACGUGUGUGAACCCCAACCAAAUUCCCGGCCAUUUUUCACCAGUCAGUGACGAUGACGAAGCAAACUGGACUUUGAAGGACGGAGACGUUGUCAAUGUGAUGUUGGGGGUCCAGAUUGACGGGUUCCCAGCCAUUGUGGCCGAUACUACCGUGGUUUCCGGAGAGUCGAAGGUGACUGGUCAGAAGGCUGAUUUGCUCCAUGCUGCUUGGCUUGCUUCUGAAGCUGCUAUCAGAACAUUCAAGCCUAACAAUCGUAACUGGGACGUAACCAAUGUCGUGGACAAGGUGGUGAAGGAUUUUGGAUGCACGGCAGUGGAAAGUAUGCUCACCCAUAACCAAGAACGUAAUGUGUUGUAUGGCCCCAAAGAAGUCAUUUUGAACCCCAAUAAGGAAAACAAAAACCAGAUGGACACCCACCGGUUCGAGGUCAACGAGGUUUACGGGUUGGAUGUGUUGGUUUCCACGUCUGAAGACGGAAAAGUGAAGCCUUCCAAUUUCAAGACGUCGUUGUACAAAUUGACUGGAAACUCGUAUGCGUUGAAGUUGAAGUCGUCGCACCAGAUUUUGGGAGAGCUUAAGGCCAAGAGCAACGGUCCCUUUCCCUACAACGUGAGAAACCUCGACGAUGCCAGAAAAGCCCGCAUGGGGUUGAUCGAGUGUGUCAACCACCAGGUGGUUUUGGCGUACGAUAUCAUGACAGAAAAGGAAGGAGAGUAUGUUGCGCAAUUCUUCACCACCUUUGCCAUUACCCCCAACGGAAUCGUCAAGUUUACUCACCCAACAUUUAACUCAGAGGUCUACGAAACCGACAAGACCAUUGGCGACGAAGAAAUCAAAAAUUUGAUCAGCGAGCCACUCAAAAAGUCUGCCAAAAAGAAAAAGGCCAAGAAGAACGACAGUGCUGCGUAA